AUGUCUCACGAAUCUGUCUGGAACUCCCGCCCCCGCAACUACGGCAAGGGCUCUCGCAGCUGCCGUGUCUGCAAGCACACGGCCGGUCUUAUCCGCAAGUACGACCUCAACCUCUGCCGUCAGUGCUUCCGUGAGAAGGCCAAGGACAUCGGCUUCAACAAGGUAUGCGACGAGAAACCCUUGGCGGGAUCUACACGACAUUCCCUCUGCGAAUGA